AUGUUGGUGCUCGUGGAGACUCCCGCGGGCUACGGCCUGUUCCGCGUGAAGAACAAGAAGCUGCUCGAAGUCGAAGACGCCUCAGACUUGACCGCGUUCUUUGACUCGGCCGAAGGCGCCCAGCAGAACGUUCACCUCGAGGCGUUCUCCCAGUUCAAGGACACGAAACACGCGCUCGAGGAAGUGCUUGCGCUGCGCGAGAGCAAAAUGGGCAAGGGAUUGAAGAAAUUCCUGAAAAAAAACGUCUUGCAAACCGAGGCGAGCGCGCAACUUGCCGUGAGCGACAAGGCGCUUGGCGCCGCCAUCAAAAACAAACUCGGAAUCGACGUCGUCUUCACCCCGACCACACACGAAAUCAUCCGCGGGAUCAAAGACCAGCUCUCCAACCUCCUCGAUGGACUCUCUGCAAAGGAUCGCCAGCAGAUGGCCAUGUCCCUGGCCCACUCCCUCAACCGCUUCAAGCUCAAGUUCAGCCCGGAGAAACUUGACACCAUGAUCAUUCAGGCGGUUGCCCUCAUAGACGACCUCGACCGGGAACUCAACAACUUCGCGAUGCGUCUGAAGGAGUGGUAUGGCUGGCACUUCCCGGAGCUAAGCAAAAUCGUCACAGACAACCUCAUCUACGCCAAGACUGUUCAACUCAUCGGCUUCCGCACAAACACCAAAAACAUCGAACUCUCUCCCCUCUUGCCCGAUGAAAUUGCGGCGGAAGUGAAGAUGUCGGCUGAGACGUCGAUGGGGACAGAUAUCACAGAGGAAGAUCUGAUGCACAUCAACACCCUGGCGAACCGCGUGGAGGAACUCGUCGAGUAUAGGGCGAACCUCGCAGAGUACCUCAAGGUUCGCAUGAAGGCCGUCGCUCCCAACCUGACGUACAUGGUGGGUGAGGUGAUCGGCGCGCGUUUGAUGGCCCACAGCGGCAGCUUGUUGAACCUGUCGAAGCAGCCGGCGUCGACGAUCCAGAUUUUGGGGGCUGAGAAGGCGCUGUUCCGUGCGCUGAAAACGAAGUCGCACACGCCAAAGUACGGCCUUCUCUUCCACGCAGCCCUCGUGGGCCAGGCUCCGCCGAAACUCAAAGGAAAAAUUUCUCGAGUUCUGGCUGCGAAGCUCUCGCUGUGCGUGCGCGUGGACGCUCUGACGGAGGCGGCUGAAGCAGCUGCAACAGCGGCGGGCAAAGGCGAAGAGAUGACCUCCAGCGCGGCGCUCUCCGAGCCGACUGUCGCUAUUUCCUGUCGACGCUACGUCGAAAACAAACUGCUUCAACUCGAGCAACAACAAAACAGCGGCCUGUCGCGUUCAGCGGCGAAGCCGCCACUGGCGCGGUACGAGCCCAAGAGACAGAUGAACGGAAAGUCGUACGACGCGUCGACAGACGUUGUCGAAGAGAAGAAGCACAAGCUUUCGGAUGUGAAGAGCGAGGACGAAGAAGAGAAGCCGAAGAAGAAGAAGAUCAAGAGAGAGCGAGAGGACUAA